AUGGGGGACUAUGAGGACGUGGGCUUGAGUCUUUUUAGAGGAAUGGACACGAUUCAAAUAGAACAGGACAAUGAACAUCUGGAACAAGAGGCAGCGGAAGAGCAGCGUAGAAGAAAUGAAGAGCUUCGAACAUUAGCUCAGACGGUUCUGGAGGAAUCCCGGAUAUUGCCACCACGACCUGUGACCGAGGGCUCCGUGAUGUUUCCCGAAAACGGCCACCUGACACCGCAGUGGGACACGUCUACUAGCAGUGAGCUGCCACCAAAAAUUUGCAAGGAGUCUGUGAGGGUGUGCCCGCAGCUGGAGACGCAGCUGGCGGCGGCCCAGGCGUCGGUGGUGGAGCUGCAGCACAAGGUGCUGCUACUGGAGCGCAGCCGGCUGGGCGACGGCCUUGACAACGUAUCUCGAGGUCACUCGAGGUACUACACGGUACGCGACAGCGGCCUGGACCGCGGACGACGGCCCGGGGACGUGUCGCACGCCGUACUCGGCUGUCAGCUGCGUGCGGCACUCUGCCGUGUGGCACGUCUGGAUAGCCUCUCAAAACUACCAGCAGAUGAGUGUCCACACCUCAAGUUCACAACUUACAUGACUCGAAGCGAUAACUGGCCCGUCUCGUUUACGAAGCUCAUGCCGAGGGUCCGUAGGAGUCACAGUACGAGGUGCUGGACUCGCUGGGCCUGCUGUCGGCCGGAGGCGACUCCACGGUCGACAGGGGGGGUGCGCGACAACAGAGGCGGCGGCGGCGGCGGCUUCCACGCCGAGCUGCGGCGCGAGUUGCAGCGCAGCCUCGCAGGCCAGAAGGUGAAGCGGGAGGAGAUCCGGCGGCUGCAGGAGCAGCUGAGGGAGCGCGACCGGCAGCUGUGCGAGCGCGACCGGCAGGUGGCGGCGCUGCAGCGCCAGCAGGAGCUCUACCUACAGGAGGCCGACAAGUUCAAGGACGAAGUCGACAAGCUGUACGCCCAGCUCGCCCACCGCGACAGCGCCGACGGCUGCGCGGACCCCGACGCCGAGGCGGCGCGCCGGGACGCGGAGACACGGCGAGCGGAGCUGGAGGCGGCGAAGGCGGAGGCGCGCGACCUGGCCGGGCGGCUCGCGGCCGCCGAGGCGGAGCUCCGGGAGGCGCAGGGGCACGCCGAGGCAAACGGCAGAGAGGAGUUCCUGAGGUUCCACGAGCAGGCAGCCGCAAAGACGAAGAGGGAGCACGACGAGCUGGUCGCCGCGCUGCAGUGUCAGCUGGAGAAGGCUGCCGAGGAGUGUGACCGAGUGAAGCGGAUGUACGUGGAGGUGUGCGGCUCCAAGGAGCUGCUGCUGCAGGGGGUGCAGGAGGAGCGCGCCGGCUGGGAGGCGGAGAGGGCGGAGCUGCGGCGGGAGGCCGCCCAGCUGCGGGCGCGCCUCGACCUCUACGCGGGGAGGGUCUCCCGGGAGAUCGACAGGGCCAAGGAAGCUGCAAUAGCGGCGGUGGCGGCCGAGGACAGGAAGCAGCCGGAGACCUGCUCCGUGUCGGUGCAGGCCACGGCGAGCCCGUUGCCGUCUCCAGUUCCCGGGGGCGACGGCUGCGCCUCGUGCGAGGCCCUGCGGCAGCGGGCGUCGUUCCUGGAGGGCCGCACGGAGGGCCUGACGGAGGAGCUGUGCCGGCGGCAGGCGGAGCUGCGGCAGAGCCGCGGGCACGCCGCCUCGCUGCAGAGGGAGCUGGCGCAGCUGGCAGAGAAGAGAGAGUCCCUGGAAGCGGAAAUAGUUCAGCACAAGCAGAGACUGAAGGACGCAUUGCAGUCGCAGGAAGAAGCGAAGCGCGAGGAGGGGCAGUCGGUGCGCUCGGAGGAGCGGCAGGAGGCGGGGAGGCGCGCGGCUGCUCUGGAGGCGGAGGUGGAGAGGCUGAGGGGAGAGUUGGCGCGAGCUGUAGCGGAGUGCGGUGCCGCACGGCAGCGGGCGGAGUCCCUGCAACGGGAGCUGUCGGCGUGCCGGGCGGAGGCGGGGGCGGGGGCGAGGGGCCGCGAUGCCGACGAGGCGGCCCGGCUCAGGGAGAGGCUGGAGGAGGCGGAGCGGCACGCGGCAGAGUCCGAGAGGCGCGCCGCAGAGGUCUCCGUCAAGCUGACGGCGGAGCUGACCGCCGCGCGCGGCCUCUGCGAGCAGCUCGCCGACAGGCUGCAGGAAGGUAGAGUCGAUAAGAAAGACUCGGAGACUUGCACAGAAUGGGAAUAUCCUGACCUGGAACAGCUGGUGGCGAGGCACCGCGAGGAGAUCGAGAGGAUAAAGGACCAGACUGUCGACUACUUCGCCAACCAGGUGCUGCAGCUGCAGGAGCAGCACUGCGCGAGCCUGGCCAAGGCGGAGCAGCUGUACGCGGAGAGCCUGCAGGCGGCGCGGCUGGCGGCAGUGGAGGCGCGCGAGGAGGCCGCCGCGGCGCGGCUCGGCAAGGAGGAGACAGAGAAACACCUGGUGCACGUGCAGAAGACCCUGAGCGAGGUGAAGGCCGACCUCGCGCACGUCAGGAACAAGUACCACACUGCCAAGAAGGUGGUGCACGACUACAAGGUGUGGGCGCAGAAGCGGGAGGAGCAGUGCCGGCAGGAGUGGCGCCGCCUCGAGGAGGGCUACCGCGCCUCCCUGCUGGAGCUGCAGCAGUGCGUGGACCGGGUGCUCGACCACCAGGGGGAGCGGCAGGCACCUCGGGAUAACAGUUAAUGCCGCAGAUGCUCUCCCCGUUUCAACUGGGAAGGAUGUUCCGCACAGAGGGAAGUGCCUCCUCUGCUGUCCAUUGGAAAACGUCCCACAUCGGGGAUGGACCACUACAAAAAGUUGCAGAAGUCUGUCCCCUACUGUUAUUUGACCUCCACAAUUUAGAGUUCCUAGGAAUUCGACUACGUGUGCCUUACAUUCCUACUGACCGUCGACAUAUGUGCCUGACUGCUGUUUUAAUGACAUGUACACACACGAGAGUAUUGUAAAACAGAUAUUUGUAUAUAAGACGACGUUUCAUAAAUCACUCCGUACAGGGGCUGAUCUUCAGACUGUU